AUGGGCGCGCUUGCUUGCGGCGGGCCUGGGGCCCGGACUACGUUCGCCGCGCCGGGACUGCUAUUGCUGCUGCUGCUCGGACAGAUGGCCCCAGGCUUGCAGGCGGCGCGGGGCCGCGGCAGCACGGAGAAGAACAGCUACCGCCGUACCGUCAACACCUUCUCACAGAGCGUCAGUAGCCUUUUCGGCGAGGACAACGUGCGCGUAGCGCAGAAGUUCCUGACCAGGUUGACCGAGAGGUUCGUCUUGGGUGUGGACAUGCUCAUGGAAGUGCUGUGGAAAAUAUGGACAGAGGUUUUGGAUGUGCUUGGACUUGACGUUUCGAACCUGUCACAAUACUUCAGCCCAGCCUCUGUGGCCAACAGCCCUGCCCGUGCCAUCCUGCUGGUCGGCGUCAUCCUCCUGACCUACUGGUUCCUGUCCCUGACCCUGAGCGUUACCUUCCACGUCCUACACAUGGUGUUCGGCCGCUUCAUCUGGGUCGUGCGGGUGGUCCUCUUCUCCAUGUCGUGCGUGUAUGUCCUCCACAAGUACGAGGGCCAGCCUGAGAACGCGGUGCUGCCGCUGUGCUUCGUGGUGGCUGUGUACUUCAUGACUGGACCCAUGGGCUCUUACUGGUAUAGCAGCCCCGGCGGCCCAACCGUGGAGGAGAAGCUGGAUCAUCUGGAAAACCAGAUCAGGGUACUCAAUGUUCAGCUCAGCAGGGUGCUGGAUAACCUCGACCGUUCCAGUGACAAAUGA